CGUAAAGGUGAUCAUGGUCGAUCCUAAUCAUGUUUAACUGUAUUUUUAAUGUUCUAUUGUUUUGUGCCGUUUCUAUUAUCGCGAGUAAAAUUGUUGAAGGAUCUCAGCCUAACUUACAAAAGACAGUCGAGGCAAUGUUCAGCGACCGAAGUCACGAGGUGCAUCCAGGCCCCUGCAAGUUACUCAGAUCUACGAAACGACAGGUGAAAAUGUGUGACAGAGAUACUGGCCUCUCAAAUGCCAUUAGCAUCGCCAAGGAACAAGCAAUAGCCGCUUGCGAAGAAACAUUUCAGUACGACCGAUGGAACUGCUCCGUCGUCUUCAAUAGAAAACUUAAACGGAACAUAUUCAAUAAAAUCUACAGAGAAACUGCCUUUGUACACGCUUUGAUAGCAGGUUCAAUAACACACUCAGUGGCGAAAGCAUGUGCGUCAGGGGACCUAUCUUCAUGCUCGUGUGUCGGAAAGUUCACCAAAAAUAAUACGUGGAAGGUUGCAGGCUGUGGGGAUGAUUUCAGACACGGAAAGAGAAUCACUAAGAACUUUUUAGACUUCAAACACGCUGGGAAUGAUCAAAUAGCAGAAGUAUUAAAACAAGACGUUAUAGUUGGAGUCGAUUCCAUAGGAGAACAAAUGAAGGAGGUUUGCAAAUGCCACGGAUUCUCAGGCUCAUGCACAACAAAAACUUGCUGGAAACGUCUCGGCCCAUUCAAUUCAGCCAUGGGUCUGUUAAAGAAACACUACCACCACGCAUUGAAAAAGAAAAUAAUGAACUACACGACGAAGAGAGCGAUCACACCAAAAGUGAGGAACAAAAUGAAAAUUGACAGAAAAAACCUGGUCUAUUUGCAGAGGACCCCAAAUUUGUGCGUCAGUACUAAAGGCAGGGUCUGUAAAGACAGGAAGAAUUGUGCGACGUUGUGUUGUGGGAGAGGUCACAUUACAGGGAAGAGAAAUGUGACGUCUAGAUGUAGGUGUAGGAUGGUAAACUGUUGCUUCGUCCAGUGCGAUACUUGUGUUGAGGAGGUCGAACAUUUUACUUGUAAGUAACUCGACGAUAUCUCAGUAGUUGUAUGAAUUUAACUAUUUAGUAUUUGGAAGAUGGUUUGAACUGAUAUUGUUUCUCGGAAAGAUGAUUGUGGCCUAAUGUGGUGUGCUUUGCUUCUUAUUUAUAGUAGAAAAGUGAUACGGAAAUUAAAAAAUAUUAUUCUAUUUUUUUUUAGCAUUAUUAUCUGAGCAUGUUAAUAUCCGCAACCGAUGAAAAAUAUUUUUAUAUUUUGUUACGUUUACAAAUUGUAAAAUGAGUUUUUAAAUUUUGGUCUUGUUCAAGUAUUGAAUCACUCAUGUAUUUGUUUAGUUAUAAGAUUGUAUGUGAUAUACAGCCUUCGUGCUGUAGUAGGUGUGUCCGUUGCGAUAUGGAAGACUAGCUGUGAUAUAGGAAUCGCGAUAAGUAACUUACUCAAGGCAUGUCAAGUCAAAGUUGGAUUUAAUAAAUAAUUAUUAGCAUAUUAUAAUACACCUGGUUUUAUUUCUUUCGUUUUAUA